AAUACGUUGUAUAACCCGGAAGAGACGAGCCGCCGUGCCACGUCACAGUUAUCCGCUAAAGUGUUGCUGGUUGAGUUAACUCGGUGCAAACAAGUACCGUUGACAAUAUGCUGUCGCCGCUGUCUCUUAGUUGUCUGCUGCUUCACUUUUUCGUGGUCUUCGCCACCGAAUUCACGUUUGAGCUUCCCGAUAACGACAAGCUAUGUUUCUACGAGGAGCUGGAGAAGGAUGUCAAGUUUGACAUAGAUUACCAAGUGAUUUCGGGAGGAAACUACGACGUGGACUGUUUUGUGACGGACCCUCUCGAUAACAUCUUGUACAAUGAGAACAAGAAGCAGUACGACAGCUUCUCUCAUACCACCGCCAUGAGGGGGACCUACAGGGUCUGCUUCAGUAACGAAUUCUCCACCUUUUCACACAAGUCCAUCUAUCUGGAUUUCCGACACGGCGACGAGGAUCCUCUCCUUCCCGGCAUGACCAGAGCCACGGCGCUGACUCAUCUGGAAUCAACAUGCGUGUCCAUCCACGAGAUCCUGAAGGUGGUUUCGGAGUCACAGACGUGGUACCGGCUCAGGGAAGCACAUGACCGCAAUAGGGCGGAUCACCUCCACGACCGUGUCACUCUCUGGUCCAUCGGCGAAACGGUCCUGCUGUUUGUCAUCGGCGUGAGUCAAGUCCUGUUGCUCAAGAGCUUUUUCAGUGAUAAGAAAGGCUCGGUGGCGGCGAUGACUUAAAACACGUCUUCUCCAGGAUGCCAGGCGCACAACCAUUGCUUUCUCACAGUCUUACAAAUUGUCUUUUUGUUGGAAAGAGAUACCACUCAGAUUAGUGUUUAAAAUUAGAUUGCUACAGACAGAGAAUUUAUUUUCCGAUACCUCGUCAUAGUAUGACACUGAGAAAUUUGAACUACUCUGGUGGUCGCCUUAAUAGUAUUGUCAUCGUUACUGUAAAAUGAUACCCAAGUUGAAGACGAUAUUUCUUUCAGUGGUCAUUGUUUGUCCUAAUUUAUGUGGGAAAGGUUGUUACAAGGUUAAAACCAUGCAUUUCUGCCUUGCUUUUUCCAUUUCCUAUAAGAGUGAAUGUUUUGUUUGUAGUGUAUGUUGGUGCCUUAUGUUGUUGCUUUGCAUUUGGAGAUUAAAAUCAAUUUCUCAUGCUUCCCUGCCUACCCUCCAACAAACAACCAUCCUAAGCCAAUAUAUGAUACAGAAGGAAAAAAUUGUAUUAUUUAACAUAUUAAAUGUUAUAUUUAAUAGCUAAAACACUUAUAAUAAAUAUGUGAUUAGAACAAUUUGUAUUUGUGUGACUUGUUCCUUAUGUAAUGGAAUCCAAGCAACAAAAAUAACAAUGUAACUUCCCUUUCCUGGCAUUAAAGAAUCAAAUCUCAAGUGUGUUGAAAGGAAGCUUUAAAUAAAAUAUCCAUCCAUAUA